AACCAUAUAGACUUUGCUCAUCUCAUGAACUCAACCUCGUGAUCGCAACUCGCAAGUGAUAGAUCAAAUAAUGGCCAAUUUUCUGGCAGCUGUACUAUGGUCCCUGAUGGUGUACUGGAGCAGCACAGUGAGCGGAGAAAAUUGGGACAUUGUGAAGUGGGGAAGAAGAGGAUCCUCAGGAUCGUCCUCGACCCUCAAGAGGUACUGCGAGAGCUGGAGGAUGAACGUUGAAGUGAACAACAUAAAAGGCUUCAGCGUGGUACCUCAAGAGUGCGUGGCUCAUGUGAACAAGUACAUGACCUCUUCUCAGUACAAGUCCGACUGUGAAACAGCAGUGGAACAAGUGAGGCUGUACCUGAGUUCAUGCUGCUCCAUCAAAGGCGACGCCAGAGAUGCCUGGAUCUUUGAUAUUGACGACACUCUCUUGUCCACUGUCCCUUAUUUUAAGAUCCACGGUUUUGGGGGGGAAAAGAUGAACUGGAGCAGAAUGGAAGCUUGGAUGAAGGAAAGCAAGGCACCGGCAAUAGAGGAGACAGUAGGGCUGUUCCAUGAAAUAAGGAACAGAGGCGUCCAAAUAUUUCUGGUUUCUUCAAGGAAGGAGACACUUCGACCGGCCACUGUGGACAACCUUAUCAAGGUUGGUUUUCAUGGAUGGACACGUCUCAUCCUAAGGGGGCUUGAGGAGGAAAUAAUGGAAGUGGGGAAGUACAAGUCAAGGGUGAGGCAACGGUUGGUGGAAGAAGAAGGGUAUCGCAUUUGGGGCAUCGUGGGAGAUCAGUGGAGCAGUUUUCAUGGCCGCCCUUCUGCUCACUCCACUUUCAAGCUCCCCAAUUCCAUUUACUAUUUAUCUUAAUUGAUAUUAUAUUAUAUUACUCCCCCCCCCCCCCCACACUUUCUCCUUUUCUACUUCCGCCCCUUCCUUUCUCACUAGUUAAUUAUAUUACGUACCACACACGCCUCUCUUCCGCUAAAUCUCCUCAACCUUUCUGGCUCUCUUUUGAAUAUUAGGCUCCACAUCAUUGCUUUCUUUCAUAUGUCCUGUACCGUGUAUUUCCUAGCCAAUUUACGAUCGAUGCAUAUGCUGAUAGCCUGAUCUCAUAUUCUAACCUCAAUUAAAAUAACAAAUUUGAGAAAGGGUCAGUAUUGACAAUUAAUGUAGGAAUCCAAUGAUGCGCCGGUCUAGUUUUUUA